AUGCGUGUUGUCACGGUGACCAGCCCCUGUGCCCCUUCCCCCCUCCUCUGGUUGGUCCAGCUUUUGUUGUGGUUUCACAACCAUGGACCUCAACUUGCAGAGGCGGCGCCCCCCUGCCCUUCCCUGUGCACCUGCUCCAAUCAGGCGAGCCGUGUCAUCUGUACAAGGAAGACUUUAGAUCAAGUCCCGGAGAGUAUUUCAGAGAACACAAGAUACCUCAAUCUACAAGAAAACACCAUUCAGGUGAUCAAGUCUGACACUUUUAAGCACCUGCGGCAUUUGGAAAUCCUCCAGCUCUCCAAGAACCACAUCCGACAGAUUGAGGUGGGAGCUUUCAAUGGCCUCCCCAACCUCAACACGCUGGAGCUUUUUGACAACCGUCUCACAGUUGUACCGUCACAAGCCUUUGAGUACCUCAGCAAGCUAAGGGAAUUAUGGCUACGAAACAACCCCAUCGAGACGCUGCCGGCAUUUGCCUUUCAUCGUGUUCCCUCUUUGCGCCGUCUCGAUCUCGGGGAACUCAGGAAGCUGGAUUUCAUCUCAGAGGCUGCCUUUGAAGGUUUAGUAAAUUUGCGCUUCUUGAAUCUUGGCAUGUGUGGCUUGAAGGACAUACCUAACCUCACCCCACUAUUACGACUAGAGGAAUUGGAGCUGUCUGGAAACCAGCUGGGUAUAGUUCGGCCUGGAUCCUUCCAAGGCCUAGCAUCCCUUCGCAAGCUGUGGCUAAUGCACUCCAGAGUGUCAGUGAUUGAACGCAAUGCUUUUGAUGACCUCAAAAAUCUGGAGGAGCUCAACCUCUCCCACAAUUCCCUGCAUUCCCUGCCCCAUGACCUCUUCACCCCUCUUCACCAGCUGGAAAGGGUACAUCUCAACCACAACCCUUGGGUGUGCAACUGUGAUGUUCUUUGGCUCAGCUGGUGGCUGAAAGAAACAGUUCCCAGCAACACCACAUGUUGUGCUCGCUGCCAUGCGCCUCCAGGUCUAAAGGGCAAAUACAUCGGGGAACUAGACCAGAGCCACUUCACCUGCUAUGCCCCAGUGAUCGUUGAGCCACCCACUGACCUCAAUGUCACAGAGGGCAUGGCUGCCGAGCUGAAAUGUCGUACUGGAACAUCGAUGACCUCUGUGAACUGGUUCACUCCGAAUGGCACUCUGAUGACCCAUGGAUCGUACCGAGUUCGGAUCUCAGUGCUUCAUGACGGAACGCUGAACUUCACAAACGUGACCGUGCAAGACACCGGGCAGUACACUUGCAUGGUAACCAACUCCGCUGGAAACACCACUGCAACCGCUGUGCUCAAUGUGUCUGUGUCAGAUCCCAGGGACAGCUACAGUUAUUUCACCACUGUCACUGUGGAAACAGUAGAGACAGUAAGAGGAGAGGAGGAAAACUCGGCGAGACAGUAUAUUAAUGAGACCUUCAUAGAAUUCUCAAAUCCUACUGUUCAAAGAGGGAGACCUGGCAUCCCUAUAACUCCCUCACCUUCUUCUAUUUCCUCACUGUCCCCACGAGCUAACAGAGGUACGGAAAACUCACCGACAAUGUCGAUAAUGGAUGUAACUAACAUUCCAGGCCUGGAUGAUGUAAUGAAAACAACUAAAAUCAUCAUUGGUUGCUUCGUGGCCAUCACUUUUAUGGCAGCUGUAAUGUUAGUGGUCUUCUAUAAACUCCGGAAGCAGCACCAGCUACAUAAGCACCACGGCCCGGCUAGAGCCAUCGAAAUUGUCAACGUGGAAGAUGAGAUUGGAGCUGGGGCAGGAAGUGGAAUCUCAGGUGGCUCAACGAUGAAUUCUGGCAUGGGUGGAGAAGGAACCCUGAGGAGACAUCAUCCAGAAAUAGUCAACCUUCCCAACAUUGGCCGUUCAGAUACUCUCAACCAUUACUACAAGACCCAUCAUUUCAACAACAACGUGAUGGGUCUUAGUAUUGGCGGUGAAGGGAUCGGACCAGGAGGGAUCAUGAGUAGCAAGAACCUGCAAGGCCACGAUAUCCCCAUCUCCUGUACCUCAGUCCCAAUCUCUUCAUCUAAUAUGCUCUCCUCAUCAGGCAACGGCACCAAUCCCAAUUCUAUGUCCCCACCUCUGCCGAUGUCUCUCCCCAUGCCUACUAUGGGCUUACAUGGAUCAAUCAAGGGUUUCAUGGGCCAAAACCAGAAUCCUCAAAUGGAGCCUCUUCUCUUCAAAGGCAACUCAAAGGAAAAUGUUCAAGAGACUCAGAUCUAA